AUGGAAAAAUCCAGAGCCAUGGCUGGAAGACGCUGGCAAGUGGAGAAUACUGUAAGAUUUACUAUUUUAUUUCACAUAUUAUUAAUGGCCCCCAUUAGAGCAGAUCCAGAGACCACACUUUUAGCCUACCAAUGCAGACCCCAGAGUUUAGCACCCCCCAACAACGCAACCCUCUUUGAGCAAAUUUUGAACUCCGCACUUGCAUCUGUGGUGAAAGAAGUUGGUACAUCUGGAUUUGCUACGAAAGACGAGGAGACAUCUUCAGAGACAGCAACAGAUUCUGUAUACGUUCUGGCGCAGUGCAGAAAGGAUAAGUCCUCUGCCGAUUGCGUUAACUGCAUAAAAGUUGCAGAGAACCAAAUUCGCAACUGCUCCGGUGUGUCCGCCAAAGCAUACUACGACGGUUGUUAUCUGCGUUACGAGAGUAUCUAUUUUUAUGAUCUAUACACUGAUAGCACAAAUAAACCGCUCUGCGGCGAUGUCGAUGCGGCCAAUUCCGAUUUAAUUUCGGCAACUGGUCGAAGUUUGAUAAGUGAUCUUUGCACUGCAACUCCGCAAAUAAAAGAUUAUUUUGCUGCGCAGACGAGAAACGGGCCGUCUAAUACAACUAUCUAUGGACUUGCCUUCUGUGUGCGUUCCCUUGAAGAGGAUUCCUGCAAAAGUUGCCUGAAUAUUGCUCAGGGCAACAUAAAUAAGUGUUUUCCUAACUCCGAGGGACGGGCUAUAGACGCCGGCUGCUACUUGCGAUACAGUUCCGAACCCUUUUUUCCAAGCAAUGCGACUGUCGACCUGGUACCUUUCUUACCCACAGUUGAGGUAUCCUCCGUUUUGUUUUCCAGGGAAGUCGCCGAGUUCUCCAAGUUCGAUAAUACUUUGUGUUGUGGGAGGGCGGAUAUUGAAGGAGCAACGGAUCUCCGUGGGCCAGAAGAUUUUGAGUUCAAGAUACUGAAAAAGGCAACUAACAAUUUUGAUCAAGCAAAUAAGCUUGGACAAGGAGGAUUUGGGGAAGUAUUUAAGGGUACGUUGAAAAAUGGCAAAGUUGUGGCAGUAAAGAAGCUAACAUUAGGUCACUCUGCCCGUGCAAUUUCUGAAUUUGAAAGCGAAGUGAAACUCAUUUCCAAUGUUCAUCACAGAAAUCUUGUGCGUUUACUCGGAUGUUGCAGACAAGGCCAAGAAAGACUCCUGAUUUAUGAGUACAUGCCCAAUAGCAGCCUUGACAGAAUAUUAUUUGGGAAAAAAAGAAGACUUCUGAGCUGGAAGGAAAGGUUCAACAUUAUCCUGGGCACUGCGCGUGGUCUGGCCUAUCUCCAUGAGGAAUUCCAUGUUUGUAUCAUCCAUCGUGAUAUUAAAUCAAGCAAUAUAUUACUUGACCACAACUUUCAGGCAAAAAUAGCAGAUUUUGGGCUAGCCAGACUUCUUCCGAAUGAUAAAAGUCAUGUUAGCACAAGAGUUGCAGGAACACUAGGAUACACAGCUCCUGAAUAUGCUAGCCAUGGGCAAUUAACAGAGAAAGCCGACACCUAUAGCUUUGGUGUGGUGGUUCUUGAAAUUGUCAGUGGUAGAAAAAGCAUUGACUUUAAGCAACAACCUGAUAUGGAAUAUCUUCUUCAAUGGGUUCGGAGCCUAUACGAGGCUAACAACGUUUUAGAGGUAGUGGAAAAUGAAAAGGAGAUGGAGGGGUAUAACGAAGAAGAGGUGUUGAGGGUGAUAAAUCUUGCGCUUCUAUGCAUACAAGAUUCUGCUAGACACAGGCCAUCAAUGUCUGAGGUCGUGACAACGCUAUUAAAUAAAGAUGAGAUUGAUUUUCAGAAAUAUCUGCAUACAUGUUUCGUAGACAUGACGUUCAAAGAAUUUACAGAAUCCAAUGCAACAGUUACAAAAUCUCUUAGUUCUCGCUAG